GUUUUCCUUUUUUCUUCCUCUGCGUCCUUUAUUUAAAACCACACCCUCACCUGUGGUAUUACAGAAUAGCACUCUCAAUCCUUAGGAUUCCUAUGGGUACGGGCGGGUCGCUGCAAAAGCUGCCGCGACUUCACUGGCCUUCCUAAUAUCGUGGUUUUCACCUCCGUUUUUAUGGUGUAGAUCAACUAUAUUGCCUUGGCUGCGACAGACGUGUCUCAUUCACUUUGCCUUACAUUGGAAGGCUGAGAAAGAAGGAUGAAGGAAACUGAGAAAGAGGAGGGAGGAGGGAGAGGAGGAACGACGAAAGCAGAGAAAGAUCAGAGCUGGAUCCCCAAGAUCAUUAAGAAGAGAGUGUGUACAACCUUUGUUGAGGAUUCCUCAAGCAAUGGGGCGUUGUGUCAGUGUGGAGGGGCACGGGAAACGCAUGCAUCAGUGGCUACAGGGGAUUAUUUCAGCGCGGCCAUCGUGAGCCAGUGGGACAGUGCCCAGCACUCCUCGGAGUACCCCACUGAUGCCUUCGGUGAACUGGAGUUUGCUGGAGCUGGGAAGAGACACAGUCAUUUUUUGCGCCUGUCUUGUGACACCCCACCGAAUACUGUGUACACCCUGAUGACUGCUCACUGGGGUGUGCCCCCACCCAACCUGGUACUGUCAGUGGUGGGUGGGGAGGGCAAGGCGAAGGUGAAGACGUGGGUUCGAGAGGUCCUGAGACAGGGGCUAGUUAAAGCUGCUCAGAGUACAGGAGCGUGGAUAUUGACAGAGGGGUUGCGAGAGGGUGUGGGGAGGUGUGUGGGGGAGGCAGUGAGGGAUCAUGGAACUGCUGCUCCCUCUCUUGCACAAACCAAAGUCAUUGCUCUGGGUAUCACCCCCUGGGGCCUGGUGCAUAACAGACAUCAACUGAUCAACCCACAGGGAAGCUUCCCUGCCAAGUAUUACGUACGUAACACUUUGCAGGACUCCUGUUGUUUGGACAACAACUACCAGGCCUUCCUGCUGGUGGAUGAUGGCAGCGUGGGGCGCAGAGGGGGUGAGGCUGGCUUCCGGGCCCGUCUGGAGGACUACAUCUCCCAUCUGCGGACUGGCAUCUGGGGUAGUGGAAGCAUUGAGAUUCCAGUGCUGUGUAUGCUGAUAGCAGGAGAGGCAGCCAUGUUGAAGCAAGUGGACCUCUCCCUCCGCAACUCCAUACCCUGGCUGGCCCUGGCAGGGUCUGGGGGAGCAGCUGACCUCAUCUGUGAGAUUGUGGAUGACUUCUCCCCUGCCCUCUCUGUCUCAUCUGCCACCGAAGGAGAGGGAGAGGCACCAAGUGUUAACCUUAGGGACCAGAUCAUGGAGAGGGUGAAGAGGCACUUUCCCUCCGCAGCAGAAAGAGCGACAGAGAAACUGACUGAACGGGUGCUCAGUAUCUAUCAGAACAGGGACUUGAUCACAGUCUACCAUGGUGAGCAGGAGGGACCUGAUGAUUUUGACACAGUGCUGCUCAAAGCCCUUGUUCGAGCAAGCAAACAGCGAGAUUCUGACGACUCCAGCCCUUACACUGAGGAGCUCAAGCUGGCUGUGGCCUGGAACAGAGUGGACAUCGCCAAGAGUGAGCUCUUCAAUGGGGACAUCCAUUGGAAGUACGACGACCUAGAGGACUCCAUGACGGACGCCCUGGUGAACGACAAGCCCCAGUUUGUGAGGCUCUUCACGGAGAACGGCCUAAACAUCCUGGAGUAUUUGACGUAUGAACGCCUGGAGAGCCUGUACAGCUCGGUGUUGGACAGCUCCUUGCUUUACGAGCUGCUGCAUCGACGUCUGAGUGAGAGACAAGGUGCCUCGGGCUCUGUGCCCUCCCUGGCACCCAGUGGCAAGGGUCCCGAGAACCCGCAGUCUGGACCUCGUCAAGCCUCAUUCAGUUUGUAUGAGGUGUCACGAGUAUUAUGGGAUAUCUUAGGAGACGUGUGUCAACCAUUUUACUAUUCUGAGUUGGAACUGGACAACAUCACUAACACAAGAAAGUCACUUAAGAAAGUGAACAAGUUGCUGCAGGGUGACUGUGUAUACCGUAAGAGGCGCUGUGCCUAUCCCUGGGCCUCACUCUUCAUCUGGGCCGUCCUGCAGAACCGCAGAGAAAUGGCCAUUUUCUUCUGGGAGAUGGGAGGCGAGUCUGUGCUGAGUGCCCUCAGUGGCUGUAAGAUGCUGAGAGAACUGUCCAAGCUGGAGGGUGAGACUGAGACCAAGAUGUCUAUGAAGGAGCUGGCACAGAAGUUUGAGAAUCUGGCACAUGAUGUGUUCAGUAAGUGCUACCAGAGCAGCGAGAAUCGCUCCUUCACUCUCCUGAUUAGGAAGUCUCCGGUCUGGGGAGGGGCCACCUGCCUUCAGAUGGCUACAGCUGGUGACGCCCGCUUGUUCUUCAGCCAUGAUGGAGUGCAGUCUCUCCUGACUGAGAUCUGGUGGGGGGAUAUGGAGAGAUACACAGAGGUGUGGAAACUCAUCCUCACAUUCUUCUUCCCUCCUCUCAUCUACACCAGGUUCAUCACCUUCAGGGAACGGGAUGAGGAGGGAAACACUAAAGUCGCGGUAAAAAGUAUAGAGACGGACAGCCUGUAUGGAGAGACCAUCUUCUCUUUCAACGACAUCAAGCACACUGAAGAAGAAGCUGAAGAAUAUAAUGAUCUCAGGUCCAAAACUAAAGGAUACACCCCUGGGACUCCUAAGCGCCCCUUUGUGAUAUCCCGAUGGCGACAGUUUUGGUCUGCACCUGUCACUUCGUUUUUGGGAAACGUGCUCAUGUACUUCCUCUUCCUCCUCCUGUUUGCCUAUGUGCUACUGGUCGACUUCAAGCCACCGCCUCCUGUAGGCCCUGCUCCCAUGGAGCUGGUGCUGUACUUCUGGGUCUUUACCAUCGUCUGUGAGGAGAUCCGACAGACAUUCUUCGUGGGCAGCUACCCUCUGUCUCAGAGGGUGCGUCUGUACAUUCAGGAUAUGUGGAACAAGUGUGACAUCACAGCCAUCACCCUGUUCAUCAUUGGCCUCUGCUGCAGAAUGUUCGAGUGGUCCUACGAGAUUGGCCGGGCUAUACUGUGUCUGGACUUCAUGGUGUUCACCCUCAGGCUCAUCCACAUCUUCGCCAUUCACAAGCGACUGGGACCCAAAAUCAUUAUCGUGGGAAAGAUGAUGAAGGAUGUAUUCUUCUUCCUCUUCUUCCUGGGGGUGUGGCUGGUUGCAUAUGGAGUCGCUAAUCAGGCACUGCUGUACUCCUAUGAUCCCCGCCCAGAUUGGGUCCUGCGUAGGGUGUUCUACAGGCCUUACCUACACAUAUUCGGACAGAUCCCCCUAGAGGACAUUGAUGCUGCUAAGGUGGGGGAGGUGAGCUGCACUGACAAUGUGACACUAAUUGAUGCUGGAGCAGAGCCCUGUAUGAACACCUACGCCAACUGGCUGGUCAUCAUCCUGCUGGUCGUCUACCUGCUGGUCACCAACAUCCUGCUGCUCAACCUGCUCAUUGCCAUGUUCAGCUACACUUUCUCCAAGGUGCAGGAAAAUAGUGACACCUACUGGAAGUUCCAGCGCUACAACUUAAUUGUGGAGUACCACUCGCGGCCCUCCCUUGCACCCCCCUUCAUCAUCCUGUCCCACCUCCACCUCUUCAUCAAGAGGAACAUCCGCAGGGUUCCCUCUGUCAAGGUCCACCACUUUGUGCUGGAGGUUACAGGAAAGAGGGCCAACAAGUUGAUGACGUGGGAGGCCAUUCAGAAGGAGAACCUGCUGACCGCCCAGAACAAAUGGCUGCGAGGGAGUGACACAGAGAGACUCAAGCGCACCUCUGCCAAGGUGGACAGUGUGCUGAAACAGAUGGCUGAGAUUCGGGACCAUGAUCGCAGAUUGAGAGCGCUGGAAUCAGAGCUAGAGUAUUGCUCUAGCGCUCUCUCAUGGAUUGUGGAGGCAUUGUCCCAGAGCAACUUGAUCAAAACCACACGGCCACCUCCAAGAAUCAGAGAACCUCCCUCCUCCUGCUUGAGUUGACUCCAGUAUACCUUCAUGAGGACAACAUCUGAAAGGCAUACUCAGGGUCAGCAAAAGGAAGAGGAAGACUCCCUAUUAUUUAAUCUGUUUUUAUACCUUUAAAAAGUGAAGAUUGUUUUACUGCGGUCAAUUGUUUUGUUUCCAUUUUACGCUGGCAUUUGCUGUUCCUCAUUUGUUCCAGCUGUAACUGUUUCCUAUUGUUCAGCGCUGUUUCCACACAGACAGGGAGGGAGGGUGAAAGGAAGGGGAAAUGGAUUCAUUUUGUAAACACAUGUAACACAGACACGAUGUGACACCAUAGAAGUGCUUUGAGAGACUGAAAGUUAACAUGUUUACAUAUCCACAUACAGAAAUUUAGAAAUAGGUGUGUGCAAAUUGGGUAUAUACUGAAAUAAACUUGCCUUCCUACAAUAUUUUCAGACUGUGUCUCUGCACAAUAUCUAUUUGGUGUCUAUAUAUUGUAAGAUGUAUAGAAAGAUGAAGAAGAGAAAGUUCCGCAAGGUACAUGUGCCAAAACUUUCUGUGUGGACAUACAUUCUUUUGUUACAUCACUGUGUUUUUAGCAUAAAUAAUUACAUGGCUGCCUGUCCUGCGAGUUGUCCAUGUCUAACUUGUAAUUUUGUAAAUAUCAUACUCUAGUGGGGUUGCUGUUGGAUCUUUUUGGCAUCGAUUAUAGUGGUAACACUAACUUGCGUGUGUCCAUGCGUGGGUGAGGGGGUGGGAGCAGAGAGGAAUGUGACUGUAAGAAGAACUCCUCUUGUCAUCUGUCUGACUCCUGAAAGUAAAGGGCAUGCUGUGUUGAGGACGAGGUUCUUCUCUCAUGUCCGCCUUACAUGGAAGUGGCAAUACUGACAGAGGAGCUGGACAGAGUUUGUAACACUGGAUCUAAAGGAAGCGAACAGAAAUUAGCCACUUGUCUACCUGCAACCAAUUCAGUCUGUCAGUUUAGUAAAAGACAUGUAUGUAUUCAAAUGUAGGAUGAGUAUGUAGAUAACUCCGUUUGAAGGUUGUGGAAGUAUAUGGUAAUCUGCUUUCCCAUUUUCGCUGCUGGUUUUGUUCCCAAGAAGAAGAUAAAAUUAUAUAAAUCUCCUUAAAAAUUGUAAAUCUUGUUUCCUGUUGAUCUGUUUGGGUGAAAUUUUAUGUGACGUGUUUUCACUUGAUUACUCCAUUCUGUUUCAUGUAACCAUAUUUGGUGUGAACAUGCAAUUUAAAGCACAUAUCAAUGCAUGGAGUGUAAUGAUGACGAUUCAUAUGACUAGAUUAAAUAACAAAGUUAUUAAUAAACAUAACUGUG